CGCGUGCGCUGGUGUACGCGAGCGAGCUGCGCGUGGCGCGUCCUUCAUCCGUCCCCUUGUGUCCGUCCUGCGGCUCAGCUGAACUACAACUAGUGACUGAACGAUGGAAGAAGUUAGUGAUGGCGGGAGAAAGUGCGCGUGAGCCCGGUCAGAGUCCGCAUUAGCUCCAUUAACCUUUACUAAAAGGUUACCGGCGUUAGUCUGUUUAUGACUCAGCUGUUAUUUACGAUUCAGAGUUCGUGAAACGGGUUCCACGUAAUUUAAUAUCCGUUAACUGUUGUGUAGUUUGUAAAACAUAGUGUAAAUGUCGGCUUUUUGACUCAGCAUCAGUAAACCUGUAAACGGUAAAAUAAUCUGGCACCAGACUAAACUGGACCGAAGCUGCAGAACAAGCAGAGACGGGAACAGACUCGGUCCAUCUCAGGUUCCAGCGUCUAUUUAUUUGCCUGUUUGUUAUUUUUAUUGUUUAGGUUUUAGAUCCAACAGCGUUUGACUGAAAGAAGUAAAUGAAACUUCGACUUGAACUUUUACAUCAGUUUCUUCAGCUUCUCGGAUUUGCUGUAAGGGUCACUUUCAUGGUUUUUCUCCAAACCCGUUCAGUCAGUUUGUGUAAAGUGAUGACGAGGAGCCGUAACAAACUCAGCAGAUACUUAAGAACCUCAUCCAGAACAUUUGAAGCCCGUUGGGAUGUGACGUCAGUACUGGUCCAGACAAACAGAACUCCAGUCACUGCGUGGUGUCACGCGUCACCUCAAAAUAGCUUCAAUGUCCAACGGAAACUGCGAGCACAGAAACCCCUCUGCAAAAAUAACCUGGAGCUGGUGCUGCUGGGGGUGGAAACGGGCCUGAUUGGUCAGCGAUGGCCGGAGGUGCGUGUCCACACAAGCUGGGCUCCACCAAUCACCUGCGACUUGUCCUCUACAUCCUGGCUCCCAGCGCUGGCCUGCUGCUGCUGGUUCUGGCCCUCACCGGUAUUUUUGGGAGCAGCCUUUUGGACUCCAGCACUGCCCCUUCCCCUGAGCCCAUGGGUAACCAUGGCAACAGCACAAACUCCGACUCCUUCCAACCAACCAACGCCACGGUUUCGCAGCUCAACCACAGCAGCGAUGACGUCACACGCCGCGGCCCGAGGGCGUCUGCUGCUGCACCCACUCAGGACCACACGGAACAUCCUGAUUGGCUGAGCUCUGUGACGUCACUGAGCACGGCCUGGCCAAUCAGCACCACGCCUGCACCUGAGACAGGCAGCUGUCAGCUGAUUGUGGAGCCUCAGUGUCACAUGCUGCCGUACAAUCAAACAUGGUUGUCGUCGUCCUCGGCCGUGGUGAAGAGCUCUGAGGUGGACAUGCUGCUGAGGUUCUUCAGUUACCUCAACAGGCUCUCCUGCUACAGACACAUCAUGCUGUUCGGCUGCUCGCUGGCGCUGCCCGAGUGCUACGCAGCUGACGGAUCACACAACAGGAGGGUCGUGCUGCCCUGCGCCUCGUUCUGCGAGGCUGCGAGAGGAGGCUGUGAGCCCGUCCUCCAGAUGUUCAACGCCACCUGGCCUGACUUCCUGCGCUGCUCCCAGUUCAGCAACGUCAGCUCACCUUCGCCUGCACCGUCCCCAGCAGCAGCACCAGCUGCUGCCUGUUACACACCGCGCCAGGCCAAGGGGAAAAGCUCUGUCUGCGGUGGAAAGGACCAAUUCCUGUGUGCGACGGGGAUUUGUGUCCCCCAGAAGCUGGUGUGUAACGGCUACAAUGACUGUGAUGACUGGAGCGAUGAAAGACAGUGUGUCUGCCCAGAGGCAGAGUUUCAGUGUGGGACCGGCCGCUGCCUGUCGCCUGCUCUGCUCUGCGAUGGUUACGACGACUGUGGAGACCUGAGCGAUGAGCUGAACUGUGUGUGUGAUCCGUCUGCUGAGCAUCGCUGUGGCGACGGGCGCUGCGUGUCCAGAGACUGGCUGUGUGACGGAGACCACGACUGUCUGGACAAGAGCGACGAGCUCAACUGCUCCUGUAGGAGUCAGGGUCUGCUGGAGUGUCACAACGGUCAGUGCAUCCCCUCCGCCUUCCGCUGCGACGGGGAGGACGACUGCAAGGACGGCAGCGACGAGGAGCACUGCAGCCGAGACCAGGCCCAGGGUGUGUGUGCUGCUGGUCAGCCUGGCUGUAUUUCCACUUCCUGUACGCCACCAUGUGAAGGACCCCACGGCGGCUGCCACGGCCGGAACAGCAGCACCUGCACUCGCUGUGAGCCCAUUAGUCUGGAGCUGUGCAUGAACCUGCCCUACAACCUGACCAUCUUCCCCAACUACCUGGGCCACCAGUCCCAGAGGGAGAGCUCUGUGUCCUGGGAGUCGUCCCUGUUCCCCGCUCUGGUCCAGACCGGCUGCUACCAGUACCUCAUGUUCUAUGCCUGCACGCUGCUGGUACCGAAGUGUGACCCGCUCAGCCUGCAGAGGGUCCCGCCCUGCAGGUCGCUGUGCCGUAGUGCCAAGGAGAAGUGUGAGUCUGUGCUGGGCAUCGUGGGCCUGCAGUGGCCUGAGGACUCUGACUGCGGUCAGUUCCCAGAGGACGGAGGCAACGUCAGCUGCCUACUGCCGGAGCCCGGAGUCGAUGAGUGUUCCCCCAGCCACUUCAAGUGUCGUUCAGGACGAUGCGUCCUGGCAACCAAACGCUGCGAUGGACACCUGGACUGUGACGACCAAAGUGACGAGGACAACUGUGGCUGUUCUGAGCGUGCUCUGUGGGAGUGUCCCGGCAGCAGCAUCUGCAUUAAAGCCAGUAUGAUCUGUGAUGGGUUCCCAGACUGCCCCCUGCUGGCGGACGAGGCCAACUGCUCUUUGUGCAGGGACAACGAGCUGUCAUGUAACAACCAUGAGUGCGUCCAUCGGACACUGUGGUGUGACGGGAGGAAGCACUGCUCCGACAGCUCCGAUGAGUGGGACUGUGUGUCUCUGUCUGACGGGUCGGAUUCCGUCCUGACGGUGCUCCGGACAGCCGCCGAGUACCAGGUGUGUGCGGACGAGUGGAACCACGAGCUGAGCAAACUGACCUGCGACCAGCUGGGACUAGGGCUUCCCUCCACCGUCACCAUGGUACCCGACCAGCCCGGCAUCCCGGGCCGGCGCCGCUGGCUGCACGUCCAUCCCGACUGGGGCCAGAGGAACGGUUCUGCUCUGCAGGCCCGGCUUGAGAAGAGGAGUCAUGCCUGUCAUUCCCGCAGGAGAGUGUCGGUGCUGUGCACCAGAGAAGACGGGUCUCGUGUUUCAGACUGUGGCCUCCGUCCGGCCCUAGGCGUCCGCUCUCAGAGGAGAAGGAGGAUCCUGGGUGGGCGUGUCUCUCGUCGGGGGGCGUGGCCGUGGCAGUGCUCGCUGCAGAGUGGUCAGAGCGGGCACGUGUGUGGCUGCGUGCUCAUCGGCCGCAGGUGGGCUCUGACCGUCGCCCACUGCUUCGAGGGGAGGGAGAGCGCCGAGCUGUGGAAGGUGGUGUUGGGUCUCAACAACCUGGACCACCCUGGAACCCACAGUCAGACCCGCGGGGUGCGCUCCAUCAUCGUGCACCCGCGCUACAACCGGGCAGUGGUGGACUACGACAUCAGCGUGGUGGAGCUGGACUCCGAGAUCGAGGAAACGCCGACGGUGCGGCCGGUGUGUCUGCCUCAGCUCGGCCAGCUGCCCUCCGCCGACUCCUACUGUUACAUCACAGGCUGGGGCCACAUGGGCAACAGGAUGCCUUUCAAGCUGCAGGAGGGGGAGGUUCGCAUCAUCUCCCUUUCUCAGUGUCAGUCCUACUUCGAUAUGAAGACCAUCACUCCCAGGAUGCUUUGUGCUGGUUACGAAGCCGGAACUGUGGACUCCUGCAUGGGUGACAGCGGGGGGCCGUUGGUGUGUGAGGAGGCCAGUGGGCGCUGGACCCUUUUCGGCUUGACGUCGUGGGGGAGCGUCUGCUUCAGCAAAGUCCUGGGACCUGGAGUUUACAGCAACGUGACGCACUUCACGCCCUGGAUCCAGCAACAGAUUUACAUCCACACGUACCUGACUGACUAACAGGCACGCACGCACGCACACACACACACACAUUCAUUCCAGUGGGGAGUGGUGAUGAUGUCAGCUCCUUUGUCUGUUAUUGACACAGAUUCAAACAGACCUGCACCUUUAACAGCAGUAGUCUCAAAGACUCAGUCAACAAAAAAGCACCAAAACACGAAUGAGUUUAGUAGUCUCCAUACACAGAAACUCAUCAGUCCCUGUGUCAAAGCUUAACUCUAUGUGCUACACCGAAGCUAGAGAAAUGUCUUAUUUUAUUAACUUAAUUAACUUAAUCUGAAAAUUAACCAGUAACUAGAGUCAGAUCAAAGUUUAAAAUAGUCAAAAUAAAUAACUUCAUGCAAAUUAACUUUCACAACAAAGCUUCCCAUAUUCUGUUAAAUAACAAUUUGCAGUGUUGAAAAGUAUUUCUACCAUCCAGACCUUAUAUAUAUUAAAUCUUAUUAUAUAAUAUAAAAACUCAAUUGUCCAGAUUUACUAAUAGAUCCAGGAAACAUAGCGUUUUACAAUAUUUACGUGUGACACGUAAUUAUUUCUAUAUCAAUAGUUAUUUCCUCACUCUUCGUUUCUUGAUUCUCAUUUUAUAAAUUUACUGGUAGCUGUAAUUUAAAGUCGGAUAGUUGAACCUUUGCAGAGUUUCUUAAUUAAAACAGGCUCCAGUCAUUAUUGCAUAACUAAAAAUCAGCUUUUUAAGCGACGGAAACCACAAACGUUGAAGCUUCUGGUUUUUAGCACUGAACAUGUGGAAGCUGCUACAAAGACUCAGCUUCCCACAAUGCUUCACUCCACAGUGCCUGCACUUAAACGUGGUUCCUGUGUCAUGUUGUAUUAUUGUGUGUUUGAAUGUGAGGCAGUGAGAGAGACUUUUUUAAGUAAGCAACUUUUUUGGACGACUUUAACAACAUUUAUUAGUUAUUAGUUCAAUAAGAUGUUACUAGUAUAUAAUGAAUAAAUGUUGAAGCUAAGUUUUUAUAAUACGCAAUUAAACCACUUUUACCAUUUAAACACUGUUUGACAUACUUUUUGUUUUUACAUAAACACUUAUUAAAAUCAUUAACAUAUUUACGCUCAUAAACGAUGGUUGUAGAUACUUAAUUAGGGUUUGUUAUUAUUAUAAUAAUAAUUAUUAUUAGUCUCACUGAACAUUUAAAUAAGAGACUAUGAAUCAUAAUUUGUUUACUGAUGAAGCCAUUUGUCCAUGUAAAAGUAAAUGCUGCAGUUAUGAACCAACAAAUCACAAACUACCAUUUCUAAGAUGCUACCAGCUAAUGCUAACAUUAGCUAACUCACUAAUUUAAAUAAUUAUCAGCAUUCCAGCAGAAGCGCACAGUGUCUCUUCGUCCAGAGUUGGUUACUAAACUGUGACACCUUCACUCCAGUACUAAUGUUGAAUGUGUUCCGUGUUUCCACCACAGCAGUCAAAUACUAACACAAAAUGAUCAGCGUCCGACCACAAACAGUGUUGAUGUGGGCAAAGGCAGUUUAUCCAGGAUGCUGUGAAGAAGCUAACAGCCACAUUAACAAAGGUGAGGGUAAAGCACAAAUGUAGCAUGCUGAACAAGAUGUUUGUUAGAGAGCCAGCUAGCAGACGUACUGUAGCAACAGGCUGAGGUUGGUCCUGGUCGUUAGCUGUUAGCGGACGGCUGCUAUGGAAACACAAAGUCACAAACAUGCGUCACAAUAAACAUCUAACAUUGACAUUAUUUCAUCUUUCAACAUAAUGUGCUUACUUGUUAAAUUGCUAUGGAUUCAUGAGGCACAACAUGAACAUUGGUCAUCAUUUGGCAUAAUUUAAUUUUUUAACAUUAAUGAUCUUUAUCUUUAAAACUUAACUUUUGUAAGUUAAACAUUGUUCAACCCAUUGUGAUCGUUUCCCAACAAGCUGCUUGUAUCCUGUUAGCGUCUGACUGACACCUAGAACAUUCCAGGAGGUCGUUGUUGUUGUUGAUUCAGUUGUCAGAGUAUUUUUCUACAGCUUUUUGUAUGUGGUGCUUGUCACAAGGGGCUUUGAUGUGUGUGAGAGCUUUAUGAACAGACUGUAGCCUCCUCUGUCAAUGUUUGCUUUGUAUCGCCGUGUAUCCACCAAUAAAGUUACAGUCUGUGUCGACUUCA